GGUCUCUUCUCUGCUGGGCACGUGUGAGGCUCUGUGGGGAAUUUCGAAGUAGAAACCUAGGAAACUUUUCGGAGUGAAUCCCGACUGAGGUAGACUUGGGGUAAGACGGGUACACGCAUUAGCGGUGGACUUGAAAGUUUGUUGCUUCUAGUAGAAUUUAUUUUCAAAAUGGCUGCUACGCGGAGAUUGCAAAAGGAACUUGGCGACUUGAGGGCGUCGGCAAUGAAAAACUUCACAAAUAUCCAAGUAGACGAGACUAAUAUUCUCACCUGGCAGGGCCUCAUAUUACCGGACAAUCCGCCGUAUAACAAGGGUGCAUUUCGCAUUGAAAUCAAUUUCCCUGCAGAAUAUCCUUUUAAACCUCCAAGAAUAAAUUUUAAAACAAAGAUAUAUCAUCCAAAUGUAGAUGAGAAAGGACAGAUAUGUUUACCAAUUAUAAGCGCUGAAAAUUGGAAACCUGCUACAAAAACAGAUCAAGUGAUCCAAGCUUUGAUAGCAUUAGUAAAUGAUCCAGAGCCUGAGCAUCCACUAAGAGCGGAUUUAGCUGAGGAGUUUCUGAAAGAUAGAAAAAAGUUUUUAAAAAACGCUGAGGAAUUUACGAAAAAGCACGCCGAGAAAAGACGAGAAUCAUCAUCUUCCAACGAAUAACCCCGAGUAACUAGAUUUACUCAUCAUUGCCACCAUGAUGCCUGCCACCCGUCAGCCGAUUCAAACUCAAGCCAAUGUAUACCUGUCUGUUAAUUCCCUUUGGAAUCUCAUACCUACAAGUUGAGAUGACUACUCUGUACAGUAUUGGUUAACACCAGACGAAUAUAAAUGAAUAUACACAAAUUGUAAUGUUUGUAAGAAGUGGUAUGAACUCUUUUCAGAGAACAGUAAAUUAUGAUAACCUGUAUCAUAUUGUAUACAAUUUAUACUCGAAGUCAUUAUGCAGUUAUACUUUGGUUUCUUGUUCAGAGAAUUGUUGCAUUCUCAACGUAAUUGUAGGAAUGUACACGAUGAAAUGUGUGAAAACUGUGGUUCCACAUAAGGAACCAAGUCUGUCAGUUGUAGCAACAUAUACAAUAUAGUAUGUGUUGAAGUGCAUAUAAUUUUCCAAUGUCGUUUAAGAUGUUAAUUUAUAAUUGCAUUUUGAAUUUAUAUAGCUACUGCUUUAUAAUUGUUAUUGAUAGUAAGAUUACAACUAAUAAAAGACGAACGUUUGCUCUCAA